AUGGGCAAAGCAGCUAAUAAGAAGUUCACAACUGCAUCAAAUCCAACCGGAGCAAAAGUUGCCGCCGAAAAGCAUUUGAACUCAGUCUUCAAAUUCAAUACCAAUUUAGGUCAACAUAUCUUAAAGAACCCUUUAGUAGCCCAAGGUAUCGUCGACAAAGCCGGUAUCAAACCUAGUGAUAUCGUAUUGGAAGUAGGUCCCGGUACCGGUAAUUUAACCGUUCGUAUCCUCGAACAAGCCAGAAAAGUCAUUGCAGUAGAAAUGGAUCCUCGUAUGGCUGCAGAAUUAACCAAAAGAGUUCAUGGAACUCCACAACAGAAGAAACUCGAGAUCUUGUUGGGAGAUUUCAUGAAGACUGAAUUACCAUAUUUUGAUGUUUGUAUUUCAAAUACUCCGUAUCAGAUUUCCAGUCCUUUGGUGUUUAAAUUAUUAAAUCAACCAAAUCCUCCUAGAGUAUCUAUAUUGAUGUUUCAACGAGAAUUCGCAUUGAGAUUAUUGGCAAGACCGGGAGAUGCAUUGUAUUGUAGAUUGUCAGCAAAUGUCCAAAUGUGGGCUAACGUCACUCAUAUUAUGAAGGUGGGGAAGAAUAACUUCCGUCCUCCUCCACAAGUGGAAUCAUCAGUUGUGAGAAUUGAAAUCAAGAAUCCAAGACCAAAUAUUGACUUUAAUGAAUGGGAUGGGUUAUUACGUAUUUGUUUUGUGAGAAAGAAUAAAACUAUUGCCGCUGGGUUUAAAUCUUCAAAUGUUAUAGAUAUUUUAGAAAAGAAUUAUAAGACUUAUUUGGCAACUCAGGCUGCUGAAGAAGGUGAUUCAAUGAUGGUAGAUGAUAGAGCAUCGUUGACUGAUGUUGUUAAACAAAAGAUUGACAAUGUGUUGAAUGAAACUGGGUUUGCCGAAAAGAGAUCUUCCAAAAUGGAUCAAACCGAUUUCUUAAAGUUAUUAUAUGCUUUCCAUCAAGUUGGAAUCCAUUUUGCAUAA